UGUCGAGUUUUCUGAGAAAUUAAAGCGACUCGAUUUGGCAACUCGGACACAUCCAGAGCAGAAAUCAAGUCAGAUGAUCAGAGAAGCACCGAGGGAGGAGAGCGAACAUGGACCCCGACAGUCCUUUAUCCAGGGUGGAGAGGAGUCUGUGGACAGUUUGGGCUUAUAUAACCGGAGCUGUGAACAGAUUCUUCAGGCCGCAGCCCGCUAACGACGUCUACAAUGAUCCAUACUCCUUCCAGGAAUCUGCAGUUGACAGCGAACCUCCUGACUGUCACCCUGCUGAGGAUGAUGCUGGCAGAAGAGGAGUCGAUAAGGAACAACCUCUUGCGACAGCCGCUCAGCUUAGCUCAUCUCGGCCAGUUGUUGUCUGGGAACUUUCGCCCACCGACAUUCACGUGAAACCCGAUGAAGAAAGCGUGCGGUACCAAACACAGUCGAGUAGAAGCAGUGAGAAGGAAGAAUCUACAGACGGUGAGGAACAGAUCAGUCAAACACAUGAUGAUGAAAAUGCAAACAUAAAAGAAGAUGAACAUGAAAAAAGGGAGAUCGAAGAAUUUGGUGCACAAGGUAAGACUCCAGAGGAUGGUGAACGGCAUGUGGAUGCAUCACAAAUUCUCAUAGACGACGGAAUGAGGGAAGACAUGCAGAAAAGCGAAGGGAAAGUAGGUGACGAGGAGCAGACUGUGAGUGCAGUGACACCAGAUGAACAUCAAGAAAUAGACGAAACCGUGACAAAGACCCAUGUACAGGAAGAAGAAUGUAAAAUGCUCCACGAAGGAGAACAAGAUUCAAAGGCAGCUGAGGCGAAACUGUGCACAAUGAUGGAUUCAAGUCCAGAGGAGGAAGAUGAAAUGCUGAGAGAAGAGGCAGGCAUGCAGAAGGACGAUGCAACUUCAGUGGUGACAGAAGAAAAAGCAGAAACCUGUGAUGGUGUGGUACAGCUGGUCAUUGAAAACAGGUCAGAUGAGGAAACAAAACAAGAAGAAAAUCAGGCCAUGGUCUGUGAAGUGGUGUCAGAAGUUUUAGAUGAUGAGCUAAUUGAUGUUGGACAAGAGAACAUGAUGGUUGGUAGACGUGAAAGGGAUACGUUUGAGGACGAGGGAGUGAAAGAGGAUGAGAGGGAGCAGGAAGAACAGAACAAUGAAGCUACAAGCAACCAGACAACAGACGAAGAGCCUGAGCAGGAAAAGAACAUCACAACAGUUACAGACGAAAGUCAAGAAGAAAACAUUUUAAAUGAAUGCGAAGAAGCUAUGCAUAACACUGAAACAUGGCUACAACCAGCAGAAUUGACAGAUAUAGAACAAGAGGACGUGGCAGUCACACAAGUGCAAACCAAAACAAGAGAUGUGGCAAUAGCAUGUGUUUCAUUAGAUGAUAAAGAUCAAGCAGAAGAGGAGACGCUCUCCAGUGAAGUGGGCACCAAAGACGUGGAAGUAGAAUGUACGAGCACCUCAGUUACAGUAAAACCCGAAGGCGAGACUGGACAGGAAAUGAGCGGAGAGCUGGGAAAUACUCCCCCGGCGAUCAGCGAAGGCCAGGUUGUUGUGUCGCAGCAACUAAAUACUCCAACAUGCGAGGAAACACAAGAGGGAGUUCCUGGAUACAACAAUGAGCCAGAUGAAAACACAACACAAAGGUUCCUGGAAGUAGGAGAUUACGAGGAAACACGGACCACUUGGUUACCAGAAGAGGUGGAGAACACAGAGCAGAAGAGCCUUCAAAACAGUGGCUGGAGCACCGGAGCUGACUAUUUACUGGUGAAGGAGCCUAUGGAAGAGAAACAAGAAGGCACAGAAGGUAUUAAGAGUAGCUUUGAUUUUGCUGUGGAGAAGGACACUGGAAUACAGCAGCUUACUGAUAUUGGAUUGACACAAGAAACAGAGAAACCUCGUGCUGAACCAUUAGAAUCAAGGCACCUAUUUGAAAGAGAAGAAGGGAAAUUAUUGGAAAGCUCAAUGAAGACGGAGAUCAAACACAUUGGUUUGAGUGAGGAGCUGUUGGUUGAUUUUGGAAUAGAUGGAGGGUUCUGUGAUUCCAAAAAAGGUGAUACAGGGAGAGCUGUAGCUGCAGAUGAAGCAGUUGGUUUUGUUUAUGAAAUUUCAGAAUUCUUUGAGGCUGAAGUGCAAAAGAUGACAGAGACAGACUUCUCCCAGGAGUCGGCGCUUGAUGUACAAACAGAGCAAAACAGCAGCAGGACUCCAAGUUUACUAGAAGACACAAGUGAAUUUGGAUUCUUGAGACCUUUAGUUGAAAUCGAGCCUGGAUUACUUGAUGAUAGUAGUUUAGAAAUGUUUGGUGCAGAGAUAAUACUGGAAGAAAUAGAUCAUGGAGAAAAGGAGGAGGAAGCCGAAGAUGAAACGCACCUACAGGAAGCAGGAACGGCAGCUGAGCUAAUCACAGAAGUGAAAGAAAAAGGAAAUAAUUUGAUCACAGAAUCUAUACUAUCUCAAUCACCAGACAGAGCACUUGAGAUAAGAGAGGAGGAGAUGAUGACAGAAGUAGCUGAUGAAUUAAAGGCAACAGAGUUCAAACCAAAAGAUUCAUCAGCAGAUGAAACAGCAGAACAUGUGAGAGAAACAGACUGGAGCCACACAGAGGAAACAAGCGACUCAAUCAGUGGACAUCAAGAUGUGAUUGAUGAGGAAAUCCUUGACUUGUGGAUCGAGGCGGCGAUGUCAGUGGAUACUGAUGGGAUAAAACAAGAAGAAGAACCUGAGCCAGAACAACAAAUAGACACAGAAACAGACCCUUUAAAUGAGAAACAAGGUGACAUAACAUCAGAGGAGGACAAACAGCAGCUAAUGGAGCCAAAUUCUGGAGAAUCUGGGUUAGCAAGUGACGCAGAAAUGUCUUUGUCGACUGUAGAGUCUGGAUUUUUUAACCAGUCUAUCGGUGAGUGGGACGCUCAGAACAGCGAAACUCAGCUACUGAAAUCUGCAAGCACUGGCUCACUUCACGGCAUACAGGACAUGUUGGUUAGUACAUCAGAAUCAGCAGACGUCUCUGAAUUCUCUGCACAGACGCCUAACUCUGAAUCUAAGGAUGGAUUGAUAGAGGAAACAGCAGAGAGAGUGCAGUCUUACCUGAAAGAGGAGACAGGAUUUUACCCAGAAUCAUCAGAGGAGAGGAAUCUAAAUCAUGAGUCUGAUGAAUCACUGGAAAAAACAGAUGGAGUCGAUGCAACAUCUUCAUCACAAACAGAGAUUGAUGUGGUGGUGACAAGCCAAGCAAUGAAGACUGACUGGAAAGACGGUGAAGAAGUGGAUGUCACAUCACUGACGAAAAGGAGCACUUUUUUCCAAAUAGAGGAAACAAAAUUUGAAAAUGAGCCUCUUGAGAUAAGCGUGUCUGACUCUGCACAUGAAAUCAAACACACUGAGUCUAGAAGUGGCUCUGAAGCUUCAUUAGAGGAAGAAAUCAUGACAGUACAGCCUGAUUCACAAGGCGAAUCCUGGACUGAGAAGAGAUUAUUGAAGUUGCCUUCACCUGAUGAACCAGAUUGGUCAGAAACUGAAUCACUGUCUGAGCUAAAGAGGCCUGAGGAGGCAGAGGAACCAAUGACAGCGUCUGAUGAUCAGGAGAAGGUUGUUGCUCCUGCGCUGGAUUUCACUGUGCAACGGUCACGAAUUGCUGUGAAGAACCCUCGUGUAAGACCACCCAAAGAUCCCCGCUCCCUGCUUCAUAUGCCCUCAAUGGAUCCAACUCCUUCUACUCAUGUACCAGUUAAAGCUCCAAAAGGUGUACCUCUAGGAGGGCUGGGGAUCGGGAUAAAACUGCCUGGGCUUGGUGCAGGUUUUCCGGUCUUAAAAAAGACACAAAGGGUGGUAAAAGAGGAAAACAGCCAGGAAACCCCCUCACAGCAGGAACCUGAGGUAAAGCCAGAGGAGAAGAGUGAUGCUCCCCAACAGGAUGAGGCACAACACAAACCCAAAUGGAUGCCACCAAGACAUCCAGGAUUUGGAAAUCCACUCAUGUCUGAGCUGAAGACCAAACUGAAGAAAACCACUCAGGAGCCAGAAUAAUAACUGCAGUUAUUUUGUGUGAAUGAAUGAAUGAAAUAUAGAAGUUGCUUUAUUUUUGUUUAUCAAAUUGAAUAUAAUGAUAACAUUUUUGUCAUGUCAAUGAUUUGCCCAGUGCUUAUUUUUUAUAAUAAAGCAAACCUGAAAAGG